AUGAGUUACAUUCUAAAAUAUAUUGAACAGACGUAUACUGUAGUUUGUAAAACAUUGGUCUUGCAUUUGUUCCUAUUUCAUCUUGUGCAUUACUGGUUUGUUCCUUCACAGGACACAGCGGGACAGGAACGCUACAGAACCAUCACCACCGCCUACUACCGUGGAGCUAUGGGCUUCAUCCUCAUGUACGACAUCACAAACGAGGAGUCUUUUGCCGCUGUGCAGGACUGGUCCACACAGAUUAAGACGUACUCAUGGGAUAACGCCCAGGUGCUGCUAGUGGGCAACAAAUGUGACAUGGACGAUGAGAGGGUGGUGGCCUCUGAGAGGGGACGACAGCUCUCCGAGCAUCUCGGUUUUGAGUAUUUUGAGGCCAGUGCCAAGGACAACAUUAAUGUUAAGCAAACCUUCGAGCGACUGGUAGACAUAAUUUGCGAGAAGAUGUCAGAGAGCCUGGAUGCCGCCGAUCCUGCAGUGACGGGAGCCAAACAGGGGCCGCAGCUCACGGAGCAGCCCACCGCUCCGCACCAGGACUGCGCCUGCUGAAAAUCCCACGGCUCUAUCUGCACUGCCUUGCACCAACACACAAAAACCACCUGUUUAGGUAUUUAAAAAGUUCCCAUACUGCCUUCUCUGGCCACACCCUCUAGUCCCUCCCCUUCUUCUCCAAAUAAUCAUUUUGACAUCUCAAACUUUAAUGAUAUUAUUCAACAUGCAAUCCAUUCCGUUUAAGUGCACUUUAAAGGGAUAGCUCACCUAAAAAAGAAAAUUCUGUCAUUAUUUGCUCAC